AUGGAGACGAAGAUGGAACCGUUGACACCGCCGCACACACCGCCUAUGAUGGACAGGUCGACGAUGCAUCAACAGUUGCACACGUCGAGGUGGUUAAGAUCGAGCCAACAUUUCGCACGAUUUGGCCAGCAGCAUUCGAACGGAGGGCAAAACGUUGGCUAUCAGACCGCGUUCCUCAACAAUUGGCUGAGAGAUGCCGCGUUGCUGGCUGUCAGGGGUUGUUGCCCCCAGUCUCCGACCUCGCAUCAUUAUCAUCACCACGGUCAUCAUCAUCAAGCUGUGCAUCCGGCGCUCCCGGUCCCACCCCCCGCCUCGUUUCUAACCAGAAGGCUGCCCGGCCAGAGACCGAAGAAACAGUUCAUAUGCAAAUUUUGCAACAGACAAUUCACCAAGAGCUAUAAUCUGCUGAUACACGAGAGGACACACACGGACGAGAGGCCUUACUCUUGUGACAUUUGCGGGAAAGCGUUUCGAAGGCAGGAUCACCUGAGGGAUCAUCGCUACAUUCACAGCAAGGAGAAGCCUUUCAAAUGCAGCGAAUGCGGGAAAGGAUUUUGUCAAAGCAGGACUCUCGCGGUUCAUAAGAUCCUACACAUGGAGGAGUCGCCUCACAAAUGCCCCGUUUGCUCGAGAAGCUUCAACCAAAGGAGCAAUCUGAAGACUCAUCUUCUCACGCACACGGACGUGCCCCAAGAUCUGAGAAUCGAGGGAUCGGUCGCGUCGGAAGCGAAGAUCGCCACCACGGCGGUCAGGCAGAUGGCGGAUAGGGUGAGUGGGCUGAUCCCGAUUCAAAGGACCAGCACCACCCCUAAACUAGGAUUUAGCAUAGAGGAAAUUAUGAGACGUUAAAAAAUUUAUCCCCCCCAAGCGCUUAAUUUAAUACUUUAUGAUGAUACAAC